UAAUUCUGUGUUUUGUGUACUGUUCCAUCAUUAUUAGUUACGUAAGGGUGUGUCUCAUUUCUAGCAUAUUUGCAUAUUAGUUUAAUUUUCCAAAAACUUUUGUUUGUAAAAAACUUCUGCUCAAUAUUAUGCUAGUCAGUUAAUAGAGGAAACUUUACCUUGAAUCCUGAGACUUUCAAUGUAAAGUACCUUGGAUGUUUUGCGUAAUAUUAUGUAACCGCUGUGAACAACACAAGGCAUGCGCCAGCAAGGUCUCAUUGGCUGCUGCAACACAGCAGCGAUUAGACCGUGCGAAGAACAACACUGGGCCUACGCUAAUCAACUGAGAAGCUAUAAGAAGUUAAACAGUGACUACUUUCGUGUGAUUUUGGUGCUGUAUAUAUUUUAUUUCCCUCAGGAUGGGUAUUUUAGCCGCAAUCAAGUAUAGAGAGAAGAGAAACAGAAUGGCCGGUACAGAAGAAACGAAUGACAACAAUAUCCUUCCCGUUACAGACGAUACUGGUGAUAUGAAACAGGUGUGUUCUGAGCUGCCCGAGUCCACGAUAAAUGGCUCAACAAACAUUACAAAAGAAAACUCUGAUAUAAAUCAUAGGAGUGAUAAUGAUAUUCAGGAUAAUCCAUCCGAAAACGAUGAAAAUGUUUAUUCAGGUGAUUUGAAAAUUGACGAGGCAGUGAGUGAUUAUGAAAACGAUGGACCAGUGGACUACUCCCAAAAAGGUUUGAAAACUGCUUCCAAAUCUGAGAAAGAUUUUUUUAAAAACAUUCCCGACAAAUCAAUGACUUUGUUUGGUCCAUAUAUCAGUGGGAUAAAAGUUCCAUUCUCUGGAGGUAUUCUCUAUCAGGGAGUUGAAUCUUCUCAGUUUGUUUCACCGUUACUGCAUAAGACAUCAUUACCGGCAGACGUUAAGCCAAUGCGCCCUUUCAAAGCAUACAAUGCUGCACGUGAUCUCCUCUCCGGUCUGCCAUCCCUCGCUGGAUAUGCGAUCCCAGUGGGAGGCAAAAUAUGUGGUUCUCCGAUACCAAUCCGAAUAAACAACACAAAUAAUACAUCAGUGUCCCAAGGCCCGACUAAUGGAACAUCUGUUAGUUCUGUGAGCACGCAUCUCAUGACCUUAGCAACGGAAGCAGACAAACUUCGCCAGCAGAAUUGUGACGGCGGUAAAGAGAAAGAUAAAACAGAGAACAGUGUGAGUGAGGAUGGGAUGACCAGCGAUGGAAAUGAUUCCUAUAAGGAAGACAUUAAUGAAUUCUACCCACAGGGGCUGCCGGAAACACAGAAAAAGAAAGGAAAGAAAAGGAAGUGUUCGCUAGCGGACCAAAUGAAGGAUGAAACGUAUUGGGAAAGGCGGCGGAAGAAUAAUGAAGCUGCCAAACGUUCCAGGGAUGCGCGCAGAGCCAAAGAGGACCAAAUCGCAAUUAGGGCAGCUUUACUUGAACAAGAGAACAUGAGGUUGAGGAUAGAGUUAGCAGCUUUGAAAGAAGAGAUGAUCAAACUGAGAGGUAGUGUUUAUGGCAAGAAUGAUGUCUCUGGUAAACCCUCGUAGUAACAAGUAAAAAUAAGUUUAUGUCUGUGGUUAUGUAAUCAAAAUUUUGAUGACGAAAUCAAUGUUUGUGAUGAUGCAAGUGUUGGCUGCGAUGAAAAAAUGAAGAUAUGUGAUCAUAUGUUGUUGGUGAUGGUAGAGAUGUUAAUUGUUGCCAAAAAUGUUUGUGAGGCAAUGCAAUAAUUGCAGAGAAAUUGCAAUUGAUGCAUUACCAGUAUACAGUAUUUUGGUGAUGAUGUUUUUGAUGAUGAUGCAAGAGAUGUAAAUGUGAUGAUGUCAUUGUUGUGUGUGUGAUGAUGAUAAAAGAUGAUGAUAAAUCAGAAAUAUCUGAUGGGUGAUAUUUGUGUAAAUAUAAUUAAUACUUUUUGAAAUACUGUAAUGAUGGACAUUCAUAGAUUUCAAGAUUGAUAAAUUGCACAACUUUAUUUUGAAAAUCGAAAAUUAAUAUUUUCAUAAUCAUUUGCCUCUUCAAAAAACACUUGUAUAUAUACUGUAUCUGCCGAUCCAUAAACCAAAUCAAAGUGUAUAUUUUGCCGGCUAUAAUUCGAGCGUGCGUAUCCUUAAUAUUAGGGUUGGACUGCGCCCUCACUAAUAAUCACGAAAGUCUUGCUUAAUGGACCUUUCUGAUGUUCUGAUUGGUCAGUUGUGAAGUUCGAAUCUCCGGAAAGCUCCAUUGAAUAGACGUUAUAUAGCGAAUAAAUAUACGCUGCCAAACCAAAAAGUUACUCUGGUGUCUGUGACUAUGAAUGAUCUUACACUGUACAGAUACAAGCUUAAAAUAGAGGAGUAAACCUUAAAGAUGCAUAUAUUUUAAUAUCUUUUCUCGAAAUAUCAAUAUCUUAUAAACAUUUUAAUUUUUUGUCAAAGAUUUUUUGAUAGGCCUAUACCAUCAUUUGUUAUGCUUUUUUUUUUUAAUUUUUAACAAUGUUUUAUUGCAAACUACAAAUUCAUAUGUAAUCCUUCCCUUAUCAACAAUGCCAAAGCGAGUAUUCAUUGUGGAUUUAAAGGAGAUUGAAGUAAUUUCCUUAAUUAAUGUUUGUAAUUAGUAAUUAAGUGACAUUUUAUAUCACGUUUACAAGUGUCUGAUUUCCUAAAUAAUGUAUUCCUUUCCUGUCCAUAUUGUACAUUUUUUAAUCUUUAAAUGCACUCUGUAAGAAUGUGUUUACUUUUUCUAGAUAUUAUGUCAUAUCGAUUUCAUAUUUAUUUUAUAUAUGAAUUAUCUUCGAUAUUCAUACUUUAGUAAACUAAGAACUAAGAUAGUUUAAGUGCCAAAAAUAAGAUCUUAAUUUUAUACUUAAGAAUUACAUAUGCGCAUGUUCGAAAUCGCUACGUAGACCGCAUUAUUGGGGUGCUUUGAUACAUGCGCGUACGUAGGUUGGUCACGUACGCGUGAUAGAGAUAUAAUUAUCUCUAUGGUGGGCCAUAUCCUUUAUUACCAAAUACUGGUAUAUUAUUUAAUGUUUUUUUAUGUAAAUAUCAAUUUCAGUGUCUGCUUUUUAUGAUGUUUUUAUAUAUUAUAACUUGUAAUUAAAUUACAUUGAAAGAAUUAAACCAAACAAACUUUUAAAGCGGACGAUAAACUUCGGAAAAUAAUAUUGGGAUUAUGGGAUGGGUUGGGAAUAGGUGAGGGAAGUGCUAUAACAAUUAGUAAUUCAGUCACAUUGUCCGUCUUCCGACAUCACGCGUUUCAUACCGUGUUAUCGGCGAUAUAAUUUGUGUUUAAAGACUGAAACAGGCAUUUAAUGCUGUUGCCAAAUGUUUUAUAUCGUAUAGGCCACCAAGCCCUUAAUUGUGUCAGCGUUUUUGUACGAUGCUUGCUGUGUCGGACAGUAACGCACUGACGGACGUAAUCGAAUCGUUCUGAUAACGUAGUUAAGGGUUCGGCGAGUAUACUAAGAAGCCAAAUUUGCCAUAGUCUUUUAGACUAAAAAUAUUAAUACAUUUAUUAAAACGGUAGACAAAUUAAUGUUGAUUAGUUGUAAUGGAGAUUUAUAAAGAUUAAAAACAACUCUCAUGAAGACAAUUAAACGAUCAUUUUAGAAUUCCUUA